GCCUUAGAAGAGGGGAGGAAUCAAGCGGUUUUCUAGCGACAGAUAGCCUCCCCACGGCCUGUCAUCUCGUGGGUUGGUGUUGUAUCUGUUAAAAAGUGUUGACAGUGGCCAGCGCGCAACCUUGAGCUAGGCUGCUAGAGGGAUAAGAAGGCGUGUAACUACGUUCUGCUCCCUCAGACUCCCUCGCAGCUCCUCAGACUGGUUCCUGUUCUCGCUUCAAACUCACUGCCCAGCUUCUUCCUCUGAGUUGAACGAGGAAAAUCAAAACCUGGAGUGAAGGCUAGCGAAGGCAGCCCAAACCCACCAUGUCCCUGACGGAGCGAUACCUGCUGCCCCUCCUGCGGGACUCCUGGCCGCUGCUGGUGGCCACGUGCCUCGCCAUCCUGCUGCUGCACCUCCUCCUCCGCCGCCGCCAAUCUUCUUCACCGGUCCCGCCCCGCUCCGACAAGAAGGCGCGUGACACUCCCGAUUCUGCGGCCAAACGGGUUAUUGAAUCGGGCCGCACCGGCGAGGAGGACGAUGAGGACACGACGGACUUAGUGGACCCGCCCCUCCAUGAAGACGUGCCGCACAUCCCCUUCGAGCACACCAGGCUGUCGGAGGAGGAGAGCCAGCGAAGGGCGGAGGAGUUCUACCAAGUGAUGAGCCAGCGACGCUCCCUGCGGUACUUCAGCUCCGACCCCGUGCCGCGCCAGCUGGUGGAGACGCUCGUGCGCACAGCCGGCACGGCGCCGUCGGGAGCCCACACGGAGCCCUGGACCUUCGUGGCGGUGAGCGAGGCGGGGUUGAAGGAGCAGAUCAGAGCCAUCGUGGAGGCCGAGGAGGAGAUCAACUACACAAAGCGGAUGGGCAAGCAGUGGGUGGCGGAUCUGAAGCCGUUUAAGACCACAUGGCAGAAGGAGUACCUGACGGAGGCGCCCUGGAUCCUCCUCAUCUUCAAGCAGCCCUACAGACCCAUGCCGGACGGGCGGAAGAUCAACCAUUACUACCACGAGAUCUCAACGGCGAUCUCCGGUGGGAUUCUGCUCGCGGCCAUCCAGAACGCGGGCCUCGUCACCCUCACCUCAACGCCCCUGAACUGCGGCCCAGCUCUGCGCGCCCUCCUCGACCGCCCCACCCACGAGAAGCUGCUGCUGCUCCUGCCCCUCGGCUACCCCGCCAAGGACGCCACGGUGCCGGGGAUCUCGCGGAAGCCCCUCGACGAGAUACUGGUGAUGAUGUAGAGGGGGAGACGAGGAGAGUCGAGGAGAGAAGAGAAGAGAAGAGAAGAGGAGAGGAGAGGAGAGGAGAAGAGAAGAGGAGAUUAGAGUGGAAUGGAGUGGAGAGGAGAGGAGAUUAGAGGCGAGGAGAGGAGAGGAGAUUAGAGGAGAGGAGUGAAGAGGAGAGGCGAGGAACACGUGCUGAGGCGUAGCCGUUCUAUUUGUACCUCUUUCUGUAUUCAAAAGUUAGGUUAGGGGAGGCGGUGGCUGAGUGGUUAGCGUGCCGGCCCCGCAUUCCGCCGCGCUUUCGAUGAUGCGGGUUCGAAUCCGCCGCUAACCACCUGGGAUUUUUCGGUCACCGUCGAGUGGCCUAAGACUACCCACAUGCUGUCCUGAAGACCACCUAUCAACCCGGACUUUAGAAGAAGCUGUGCAGCGCAAGUGAAAUCAAGAAUGAGCUCCGGGGGUCAGCGUGAACCAAUAAUAAUGGCGCCACUAUAAACAAUUGCUUUCGCCAUGACGAGCCUACCAGCGCUAUAGGCCAGAUGUACAAAAAAAAGUAGCAAUUAUAGCGGUAAAAGGGGCAAUUGCUGAGACUUGACCAUAUUUGUUGAAUCUUUUUCUUCGUUCACAGGUUAGGUUAGGUAAGGUUAAGUUAGGUGUGUGUCUCUAUCUCAGCGUUACCAAAUUAUCGUACUCAGCCACGCAGCACAUUGUGUUUUCCGGUUUCUGAGUCACAGCUAUCGCAAACAAACACCAAUAAGUAACGCUUUUUAACGAUAACUUUAGCUGAAAUCUCGUUAUCUGUGCGGGUAGGAGAGUUUUGGGCCCUGGAACUGAUAAAUGCGAUGUUUUCAGUACGAUAAUAUGGUAACGCUGCUCUAUCUAUCUGCUUCGUUGUCUGCCAGCUAGCUCUUAAGGGAUAUCUGGUGUAUAUGAACGAGUAUAUCCUUAGCUACUGUGUUCCAAGCGUUCUUUUAUGUGACUCCGAAGUUUGCUUAUAUACCUCUGUUAAGAAGAAGCAUGAUACAACCUU